AUGGUCACAGACAUGAGGCUGGGUGAGGCGGUGCAGCUGCUGCGCGGGGCCACGGGCGACGCCUCCCUGCGGCUUCUCACCCUCGCGGACCUGGGCGUCUGGAGGCUGGCUGAGGUCGACCCGGCGCUGGGGAGGUGGCUAGCGCGGGACCCGAGGGUGUACGUCAACCUGGGAGCGCAGUUCGCGCUUAAGCCGCACGAGACACUCGAGUUCGCGCUGGCGCUGCGCGAUCUGCUCGAUGCGGCGGAUGGGCAGGCCUCGUGGGACGGCGAGUGGAAGCCCGUCCACGACACGCUGGGCUCGGAGAUAUCGGAGGACCGGGUGCGGAUCAAGCCGUGGGGCGAGGCGGACCCGUGUGCGAUCCUCCAGUCCGGACAUGUCGCAUGCUCGAUUCACCACGGCGGGACCAACUCGCACCACGAGGCCAUCGCCGCCGGGGUGCCGCAGGUGCUGGUUCCCGGCUCGAUCGACUGCUAUGGUUUCGGCAACCGGGUCGAGCUGAACGAGGUUGGAGUCUGGGCUAACAAAGGCGCUGCACCGUGGGAGAGGGUCGAGCUCGGUGACGCGCUGAAGAGGGUGCUGCCACAGGGCCUCAGCUCGCCCUUCGUCGUCCUCAUCAUGGCGGCAGAUUCGGUAACCACCGGGGCGGCCCAGCCCAACAUCUACGCCGAGUUCCUGCCACGCCUUGGUCGCAUCUCUGUGGUCAUCCACCUUCCCACCCAGUCAACCCACAAGACCAAGGUUCUCGUCUCGAGGGAUGGGUUGCAUCUGAUCGUCGACCAUGACGGCGCCAGCACCAAGCUGCGCCUUCCCGUCAAGACCCGCGUCGCUGGCGAGCAUCUCCCUGGAGAGGUCAAGCCAGGCCACAUUAAGAUCAGCUGGCGCUUGUUCCCCACCCCAGUGGAGGCCGAGGCCGCACAGCACGUCGCCCCUGAUAGCGUGCCAUGGUCUGCAGCAGAUCUCAAGCCAGGACUACGCGUUGCCUGUCGAGCAUGUGAUGAAACCGUCGUCGCCGGAGACACGAUCAAGACGUUCAAGGACCUGCCUAGCGAAAACUGGGCCGAGAUGAUGGAGUUUUGGCACUGCCACAAGCCCACCGAUGCCCACUCGACUGGUACUGCUGCUGGUGAUACUCAGAACAAGGCCUCUGAGGAUGAUCUGGCUUCUCGUGGUUAUGGUGCCAAUUCUAUCAUCUCUGCACAGAACAGUGUUGGCUUUAUUGACCUCAUGACGAUUCUUUUCCCCCAGAACGACUGCAAAUGUCUGAUGAUCCCUCGGUAUGACGCCGCACAUGAGAGCAUCGUCUCCCAGGACUUCAGCGGGUUUCGUGCUCUGGACGCACACUGCCACAAGUGCAAAACCCAGCUUGGCCGUCUCGACAACCGCAAGAAUGGCCUGUCGCUCUUCAAGUGGAAGCUCAACCUCGUCGAGCAGGCUGGCGUCGACAAAGACUCGUACUUGUCCGCCCCACCAUCUCUCUCUCAGUGCCUCGCUGCAGCCCUCAUCGCAACGCAAGCUCGGUCCGGUAGUGCAAAGGUUGUAUUGCAGGGAGAGAAGGAGGCUGUCACGGUCUGGAUCCUGAACCCUCGCGUCAAAUUCUCCUGCUCCUCCAAGCAGGGCGUCUAUGCCAUGAAGCUCCUGUUCCAGCCCAAGACGAUGGACGAGGAGGAGAUCCUGCUCCCUGACCAGGUCGUACGAGAGGCUAGGACGAUCCUCGAACAGGGAAAUCAAUACCUCCCUCUUGACGAGAAGGAAAGGCAGUUCAACCCAGUUGAGGGGCCGUGGACGGUUUCUCUUCUCGAGCGCUGA